AUAAAACAUAAUUAGAAGCAUAUAAAUGUGCAAAACAAUACAGAAUAUUCGAGAAAUAUUGCCAUUUAUCACGGUGCGGGAAGUGAGGGGAAUGUGGGGAAGUAGUGAAAAAAAUAGCAGUUGCGGUCAACUUCGUGGCAAAUUUCUCAGGAAGAAAGUGUGAAAAAUGAGUGAAAAAUGUUUUUCCCCAAUAUCUUCUUCAGCGUGUUUCCGGGUGGCGAAUUUGUGAUGCAAUGGGCAAGAGGACUAUAUAAGGAGUCUAAAGGUAGUGACCCGACAGUUCCCGGUUUUAUAGUUUAUGAGAAAAUCGACUUCCUUCUUGGGGUCGUUCAACGACCCCACCUUGGCGCUCUAAGGAAGCUCCAAGGUCUUGGCGGCCAGCAGCUAAAAUGGAAAAUCCACCUGUAAAUGAAGAUUUAAGACAAGAAUGCUUGAGAGAAGUUAUUGAAGAAAAUAGUCAGCUUAAGAAGCAAAAUCAAAUUUUAAAGGUUCACUGUAGUAAAUACCAAAGAGAUAUUAUGGAGCUAAAAGCAGAAAAUAUUAAAUUAAAAAAUGAGCGUCAAAAUAUUAUUGCAUUCAUAAUCCAAAAACAACUCAAGCAAAGCGAAUUGACGAUUAAUUUAAUGUCCAAAAUUACGAGAGAAUCUUCAGUGCAUUCUGGAAAUGACGAAAAUGAAGAUAUUCUCUCAUCAACAUCGUUCGCAACUCCAACGAGGACAACUAAUGAAAAUCCUGAAAAUUCUCGCAAACGGUCCGCUUUUCCUGCUAGGCGAAGAGUACUCGCGCCUGUCGAUGCCAAUGUGGGGAAUGAGGAGGAAAAUACAAUGAAAAGCGGAAGACCACGAAGAAAAGCAGCUCCAAGAGAUCUCUGCGAAAUGAAUUUAGUCAAAAAACUCCGUAGAACCGGUAAAAACAGUUGAUCUUCAAUAUUAAAUUUCAAAUUCCAAAUUCAAUUGCCAAUCUUCUUCUUCUUCUUGAGCGUGUUAAUUUUCAAGCCAUCCGUCAUUCCAAAAACAGUUUUUGAUUUCUGCACAUUUUGCCUCGCAUUUUGAGUUGAAUUUAUCGCCAAUAUUUCACAUAUUUCACUAUCUUCUUUUAUAAAGCAAAACGACAAACGACCAAGCUUUGAGAUUUACUGGAAAUCUUGGAAAAAAAUGUCCCAAUUCACUUAUAUGAACGAUAUUGCAAAUAUUUGUGGACUUGACGGUGAUUUAACGCGUGGCCCAAUGCCGAGGUGGCAGAAGAAGCUGGAGACAUCCUCCAACAAUUCCAGCUUCCUCAACAAUUCCAAGCUUUCCGUCUCAUACAACAAUGUAUGUUCCGGAAACUCUGCUGCUGCAUCGCAUAAGACUCCAAAUAAAAAGACUCCGGGCAAGAAAACUCCCUCCGGGAAGUCAUCAGGACGGAAAACAACUCCUGGGUCAAAGGAACGUUCAAAGACUCCAACCGGUGGGGAUCGCUUUAUUCCGAGCAGAGUGAAUUCAAAUUUUGAGCUUGGGCACUAUGCUAUUGCCAAGGAGCACCAGAAGGAAGCUGAGGAGGGGGAUUCAGCUCCGGACAAUGCAAAACGUGUGGCAUCCAUGGGAGAACAGAAGAAACUGCUGACGGAAGCUAUUCAGGGAGCCACAGGAGAGGGAGGAUCGCAGCGUAUUCUGUCGUACCAUGUGAAGGCACCCUCUGCUCCGGACAGUCAUCAGAAUCCCCUGAAGGUCGUGUACUCCACGAAGACACCCAUAUCGACGAAGAGUGGUACGAGGUACAUUCCACAUGCUCCUGAACGUAUUCUCGAUGCACCGGACAUCAUCAAUGAUUACUAUCUCAAUCUAAUGGAUUGGAGUCAGAGCAAUGUUGUGACGAUUGCUCUUGGAAAUUGCAUUUAUCUGUGGAAUGCAUCAAAUGGGAAAACAGAUCAAUUGCUGGAGUACGAUGAGGGUGAACACGCGUGUUCACUUUCUUGGAUUCAGGGUGGAAAUAUCCUUGCUGUGGGCAAUAAUUCGGGUGCUGUUGAGCUGUGGGAUUGCACAGUUAAGAAGAGAUUGCGCGUGAUGAGUAGUCAUGAGAAUCGUGUUGGUGUUCUAGCGUGGAAUUCGCACAUUGUCACAUCAGGCAGCCGCAAUGGUAUCAUUGUGAAUCACGAUGUCCGUACGCGAAAUCAUUGCGUAAAUCGCUUAAAUGGGCACACGCAGGAAGUCUGUGGAUUGCGUUGGUCGCCAGAUGGACGACAUUUAGCAAGUGGGGGCAAUGAUAAUCUCGUGAAUGUGUGGCCAGUUGUGGCAGGGAGCCAUCAUUCUGCAGAUCAACCACUUUACACAUUCAGUGAGCACCAUGCAGCUGUGAGGGCGCUAGCUUGGUGCCCAUGGGCUCCCAAUAUUCUUGCAUCGGGUGGUGGUACCGCAGAUCGAUGCAUUAAAUUUUGGAAUGUUAACAACGGGAAUCUUAUGGAUUCGGUCGAUUCGAAAUCUCAAGUUUGUGCUCUACUCUUCUCAUCAACGUACAAGGAACUCAUUUCAGCCCAUGGCUAUGUCAAUAAUCAGUUGACAAUAUGGAAAUAUCCCUCAAUGUCACGCCAGGCUGAACUUACGGGGCACACAGCUCGUGUCCUACAAAUGGCAAUGUCUCCUGAUGGGAGCACGGUGAUUAGUGCUAGUGCUGAUGAGACUCUACGCCUAUGGAAUUGUUUUGCUCCUGACCCGAAUCAGGCUAAGAAGGGAAAGGCAAGUUCCUCCGUCAUUUCCCAGAGUGUACUACGUGCCAGCAUUAGAUAAAUUCAUGUUUUUCCCUAAAUUUUCAUUUAUUUAUAAUUCAUUGCAUUCAUUGCCAUUUUGACUGUGGAUUGUAAAAAUUCCAAAUUAGGGUCUCUAUUGGACGAUACCUUAUUGGUAUUGAAGAUACUUCAAAAAAAUUCUAUAAAUGAUUUUUCAGAAAUUUAUUUCAAUAAUUAAAAAUUAGUCGUUUUCAUUUUUCUUUUGGUUUUAAGAACAUUAAAAUAAUUUGUCGUAAAUUCUUUUUCAAGGAGGACAUUUUGUAGUCUUACUUUAACUUUAAUGUAUGUAAUUCUUUUGAAAUGAAAUAAAGAGUUUUUUUUUAGAAUAAA